AUGGAAGUGGUGAAAGUGCUGGUUGAGGAUUUUACUGUCAAUGUGAACGCCAAACUCCGAGUGGAUGCGUACAUCACCGGGCGGCGAGAGUCUGUUUCCGGUGACAGUGCUCUUCACCAUCUUGCAGAAGGAUGCAGCUGGUGGCAUGUUGACCAAGCUCUGCCCUAUCUUAUCAAAAUGGGUGCCGACCUGGAAAUCCGCGACGAGAAGGGCGCCACACCUCUACAUGUCGCGUUGGACUUCUCGAGAUACAAUGGUGUCUUUCAUAAAGAAGCUGCCAGGGUUUUGAUUGACGGUGGUGCGGAUGUUAAUGCUGUCGAUACUAAAGGACACACAUGUCUAGCGAAGGCAGGCAAUGACAUACAGUUAAUCAAACUUCUCUUAGCGAAUGGCGCACGGGUCAGCGCCACAGCUAUCUUCUGCGCCAUUGAGCUGAGACAGCUUGAUAUCCUAAAACUCCUUCUUUCCAGUGGUGAAGUUGCCAACAUGCGGCCACCAAGGCCGGAAACCCCCGAAGGAAGAUAUGGAGACGCGUCCCUUAUCUCCCGAUUCAAGAUUGGCGAUUGGCAAAAGUACCCUCUAUUACAUGCUGCUACCUAUGAGGAGCCUCGACGACUCAAUGAAAAAAAUACCGCGCGCCGAUCUCAACCAUCUGUUAGAUCCAAAUCAGAAGCAGAAGAUGAGUUGACUACAAAAGAAUGCAUUGUCAUUCACGAAAUUCUGGCCGGCGGUAAACUUAUCGAGCUGUUUUUUAAUCUUCCUUCCUUGAAGCUUGAAACUCGAGACGCCGACGGUCGUACUUUGCUACUUGCUGCUUCAGAAAGCCAUGGCUCAUGGUGCUCCAAAAUCGAAAUCACACCUGAUGUCACCACAACAAUCAUUGAAGAACUCAUUCAACGCGGUGCAGACAUUAUGACGCAAGACGACAUGGGCAAAGGUAUCCUCCAUUAUAUGACACAGUUCACCGGACCUAAGCUUGAUAUCAUUGAAGCUGCCAAGGCCAUAAUUAAGAAGACCCCAAGUUUAAUUCACCAAAUCGAUAAGGCAGGCAAUACACACCUACACUACGCUCUAUGA